CUCUGUGGUUAGAGGAAGCUGCCUGCCGGGCCAGAAAAUUAAAUGUCGUCAGAAGACCGAGAAGCCCAGGAGGAUGAAUUGCUGGCCUUGGCAAGUAUUUAUGAUGAAGAUGAGUUUAAAAAAGCAGAGUCUGUUCAAGGUGGAGAAACCAGAAUCUGUUUGGAUUUGCCCCAGAAUUUCAAAAUAUUUGUGAGUGGCAAUCCAACGGAGUGUCUCCAGAAUGGUGGCUUUGAAUAUACAAUUUGCUUUCUGCCUCCACUUGUACUGAAUUUUGAACUUCCACCAGAUUAUCCAUCAACCUCCCCUCCAGCAUUCACCCUCAGUGGCAAAUGGCUUUCACCAACUCAGCUAACUGCUCUGUGCAAGCACUUAGACAACCUGUGGGAAGAACAUCGUGGCUGUGUGGUCCUGUUUGCCUGGAUGCAGUUUCUCAAGGAAGAAACCCUAGCAUACCUGAACAUUGCCUCUCCCUACGAGCUCAAAAUGGGCCCCCAGGGAAAUGUACAGAGCAGGACAUCUCUGGCUCCUCCUAACACAGAACUAGAUUUUGGGGGGGCAGCUGGCACUACAGUAGACCAGGAAGAAUUUGUGGAUGAGAGAGCUGUACAGGAUGUGGAAUCUUUGUCCAGCCUGAUACGGGAAAUCUUAGACUUUGAUCAAGCUCAGCAGAAAAAGUGCUUUAACAGUAAGAUGUACCUGUGCAAUAUCUGCUUUUGUGAGAAGUUGGGGAGCGAGUGUAUGUACUUCCUGGAGUGCAGGCAUGUCUACUGCAAAGCUUGUUUGAAGGACUACUUUGAAAUCCAGAUCAGGGAUGGCCAGGUGCACUGUCUCAACUGUCCAGAACCAAAGUGCUCCUCUGUUGCUACUCCUGGCCAGGUCAAAGAACUGGUAGAAGAAGAGUUGUUUGCACGUUAUGACCGCCUUCUUCUUCAGUCUACUUUGGACUUGAUGGCAGAUGUAGUAUAUUGUCCAAGGCCAUGCUGUCAGACUCCUGUCAUGCAAGAACCAGGAUGUACCAUGGGAAUCUGUUCCAGUUGCAACUAUGCCUUCUGUACACUUUGUAAAAUGACUUAUCAUGGAGUUUCUCCAUGUAAAGUAACUGCAGAAAAGCUAAUUGAUUUGAGGAAUGAAUAUCUUGGAGCAGAUGAGGCCAAUAAACGAUUUUUGGAACAGAGGUAUGGUAAAAGGGUCAUUCAGAAAGCACUAGAAGAAAUGGAAAGUAAAGAAUGGCUAGAAAAGAACUCAAAGAGCUGCCCUUGCUGUGGCACUCAUAUAGAGAAAUUAGAUGGGUGUAACAAGAUGACAUGUACUGGCUGUAUGCAAUAUUUCUGCUGGAUUUGCAUGGGUUGUCUGUCUAGAGCAAACCCUUAUAGACAUUUCAAUGAUCCAUCUUCCCCAUGCUUUAACCGGUUAUUUCAAGCUGUGGAUGUUGAUGGUGACAUUUGGGAAGAUGAGAUUGAAGAUUAG